UUAUUUGCCUUCAUUUAACAAGGAAGUGAGUGAGGUUCGAUUUAAAGCUUUCGUGACUGCAGUGAUUCGUAUUCUUGGUUCUUUCGGUAAAGUUUUUCACACCUCACGAUGAUUGCUUGUGUCGCAAUCGAAACGUCGUGAGAAUUUUAUUGUUUUAUUUUUAAUAUUUUAUUAUUUACCUUCUACGUGACUUUACCGAAAGAACCAAGUGAGUGAGUGUCUGUUAUACGUCUUGGCACUAUUAAGCCAGAAGCCAUGAGAAAAUGUAUGACUCUGACAAUGAGUCUCACCCUCGUGGGAAUCCUCGUCGUGUUGAAGAUGUCACUUCUGCUGAGGCACCGGGAGGCCUGGUCAUAUCAUCUCAGUGGCGAGGGCUUCCUCUACAAGCUUGACCCCACGUGGCCACACUAUCCGGAGCACUUCAGCGGGCAGGUGUUUGCUACAGCGGUGGAUGGCGCCACUGGACGGGUGUAUGUCGCGCAGAGGGGAGACAACGUGCCAAAAAUGCUGGUGUUCUCAGAGUCUGGGUCAUUCCUUGGGUCCUGGAACUCGUCGGCCCUUGAGAUGCCCCACGGCAUCUUCUUCCUGCAAUCUGCGAACAACUCCAAUAUCUGGGUCACAGACGUCGGCACGGGUGAAUGGGGCCACUCGAUAAAGAGGUUCUCCCCAGACGGGAACCUGCUUGAGGUGCUAGGCACGCCGGGCAAGGCUGGCGCCAGCUUCACGCCACUGCAGUUUGACCAGCCGGCAGAGGUGAUUGUGGGGCCGCGAGGGGAGAUGUACGUUGCUGAUGGAGACGGUGGCCUUAACAACCGCGUCUUCAAGCUCCAAUCUGACCGGACCUUGGAGUGGGUGCACGGAGAAAAGGGGAGUGGAAAAGCCCAGUUUUACAUCCCACACAGCUUGUGCCUCGACAGCUUUGGCAGGCUGUGGGUGGCUGACAGGGGGAACAAGCGAAUUCAAGUGUUCGACGCUGCCACUGGUGAAUGGCUGGGAGAGUGGACUUCUUGCUUCACGGAUGACGGCCCAUAUUCCGUCAGACUGACCCAGGAUGGGCAGUAUCUGGUGGUGGCACAGCUCAACGUGGGGCGGCUGCUGCUGCUGCACAUGCCGAGCGUGGGCCUACCGGGCACGUGCCGUGUUGCCGCCUCGCUGCAGAUGGGCCCUGAGACGCGGCCACACCUUGUCUCAGUCAGCCCUGCCACGGGCGCCAUCUACCUGGCGGAGAUCGGCGCUGAACAGGCACAGAAGUUUGUUCCAAUCCGGUGAUGACUUCUGCCUUUGCGGAUUCACUCCAUUCACAAAUCCACAGAGUCUCUAUUUAGGCUGCAAUUUCAGCACAGACUUAACAAUGGUUACAAUAUGUGGAUUUUAAAUACGUCUAUGGACAAAGCUCAUGAAAUCUUGGAGGCUGUUAUUCAUUGGGAUGGUGGGUUGUAGAAAUAUUAGGUUUUGCUUUUCCUUAAUUUCCUUAAAAAAUUAUGUAUGUUGGGAAAAGGGAAAAGAAUCUACCCUACAUUCGUCCAAUCUUUUUGUAAAUGUUUUUUCCCCUGCACCUUAGGCACACAAAAAUUAAGAUAAACAUUGAGUGAAUUAAUAUUAUUUUUAUAAUUUGGAGGUGCAUUUCAAAUCGUGGUUACAAAGACCACCAAGUUUCUCUGUAAUAAGUGCACAAUGCAACAGUCUCUGGUGCUCAAAAGCCUCGGUAACAAAGCAAUGUACACAUGGAAUGUUAGAGGUAAUGUACAAAAGGAAAGUUAUGUGAUAGUACAAUAGGUAUGCCAAUGAGCUUAUUUGCAUUACUGUACCUCAUCUUAAUAUAUGUGCUGUAUGAGAAUAGGUUUUCCCCUUUUUUCUGGCAACGAAGCAGGUGUUAAGAUGUUAAAACACCAAACUGAAACCUUUUACAAGGAAUUAUGUCUGCAUUAACCACAAUAUUCGUGGUCAGAAUGCAAACAAAAAACACUGAUAAUCAGAGUGAUUCCUUGUAGAAGGUUUCAGUUUGGUGUUUUAACAUCUUAACACCUAUUUUGUUGCCAGAAGAAAGGGUAAAACCUAUUCUCAUAUUUUGGUACUGACAAAGGAGGUCCCAUUAUACAUGCUGUAUUUAAAGCGCGAGGUGCAGUUAAAGAUUUCAGAUAUAAGGGUGUCAAAGUAGUUAAUUAAAGAAUCAUAUCAAAGCGCUUCUGGAAAAAAUCAGCUUUGCUAACUGCAUGGCACGUGGGGCAAGUAUAAGUGGCAUCCGCAUCCCACAGCAGCCAGGUUUACGCACCACCCACCCUUGGCUAGUCCAUGUGUAGAGACGUGAAUGUAUUAAAACGUUCAUUUGUAAGGUGAAUUGGAGCUGCAUUACAAAUGCAAAUAGCGUGUACAUGUUUGUAAAAUGUUGCAAAGUAGAAUUGUAAAAAACGAAAUACUCCAUGAAAUUUAAAUUAAGUUCAAUAAAAUCUUGAAAUUGC